AUCGCAAUUAUUACAUUCAUGUUUUUUUCUCAGUUUGUUCACUUCGAACAGACUAAUGAACAUAACAUAAAACGCUAACGUUAUGCCAGUUCAGUGAUUAGGUACGUUUUCCUUACAAGUAUCCUUUCCUGAUGAACUGACAAUUCAGAUUGACCUUGUUUGUAGAUUAGAAACAAAAGUAGAUUGUUGAAAUAUUGGAUUUGGAAGUUCACGUUUCGUCUUAAAGGGAUCUUGUCACAAGAUAAAUAUGGAUUGGAAGACUGCUGUUCUUCUUUUCGCCAUAAUAUACUACGCCGAUGGAUACUCAAAAUACGGGCGUACGUGCAGAGAUAUAGGAUGCCUUAACAGCGAAGUCUGCGUGCUUGCCGAAGAUCCGUGCACGUUUGGCCACACAAGCAACUGCGGCACAUAUCCUACAUGCAAGAAGAAGUCCCUUGUCGAAGGAUCGCAUGCAGCAGAACCAGCGCAACCUAAGCCAAUGGCUCCAAAACCGCAAACACCAACUCUUGAUUUCGACUCGCCCCCUAACUACAAACCCCCGGUUCCGCCCAGCAACGGAGUUUCUUUUGGCGGUAACUCACCAUAUGACGGCACGUCCUCACAUGGAGGUUCCCCCUACGGAGGUUCAUCAGGUGGAGGAUCCCCCUAUGGAGGUUCAACAGGCGGAGGAUCCCCCUAUGGAGGUAGCAAUCCAUAUGGAGGCAAUCAAUAUCCAGGUGGAUCGUCAGGAGGGCAUAACCCCUACGGCGGCAAUAACAAUUACGGAGGAAGUUCGUCGUAUGGCGGAAAUUCGCCUCACGGUGGAAACUCACACUACGGAGGUGGCAACAGUCCUUACGCAAGUAAUUCUCACGGCGGAUCCAACCCAUACGCGCCUAGCACUGGUGGAUCAGGCGGCAAGAGCCCACUCGACAACAUAUUUAAUACAUUGACUAAUUACGCUGGGGGUAUCGGAGGUGGUACGCCAGGAAGCAGUGGCGGUGGCGGCGGAGGACUUGGCAACAUAUUCGGCAAUCUCCUCACCAAUCUCUCUAAGAAUGGUCUCAGUGGCUUUGUCAAUACGAGACCGAUAAUGGAGAAUCCAAACUACUCCUCGUACAGCUCCAAUUCGAGGAGUUCUAAUCCGCAAACUUAUCCGUCAGGCUAUCAACAGAACCAUGCGCAGGAUCAGAACAAAAAUUAUAAACAAACGUAUGCGCAACACAACUGGGCUACCACUCGUAAGCCCGUCAGCUACGGGUGGACCGUUAGUGUGACUGUGGUCUUGACGUACCUGAUACAUCAAUAUGUUCAAAAUAUUAUACGGACCUAAUUUUAUGAAUAUAUAGUUUAUUAUAUUAUACGCUUGUUUUUGAAAGCAAUAACAGAUCUGUUUCUUUUUUUUGACUAGAAAUGUAUGUUGUAUAUAUUUUUUUGUUAUUCAAUUCAAUUCGAUAUUUAUGUUAAAAUAUAGUAUUUUUACUA